AUGGAGCCGCCGAAUCUCUAUCCGGUGAAGCUCUACGUGUACGACCUGUCCAAGGGCUUGGCCCGGAGGCUCAGCCCCAUCAUGCUGGGUGAGGCAGGCCCGGGGUCCGUGGGAAGAAGGCAGGUGGCCGCCCGCAGCGCCCUGCCGAGCCGGGAAGAGGGGCCCACGGGGAAGCAACUGGAAGGCAUUUGGCACACCUCUAUAGUUGUACACAAGGACGAGUUCUUCUUCGGCAGCGGCGGCAUUUCCAGCUGUCCCCCGGGAGGGACAUUGCUUGGGCCUCCAGACACUGUGGUUGAUGUGGGGAACACAGAAGUCACAGAAGAAAUCUUUCUGGAAUACCUGUCCUCCCUGGGGGAAUCUCUGUUCCGAGGAGAAGCCUACAACCUCUUCGAACACAACUGUAACACCUUCAGCAAUGAAGUGGCACAGUUCCUGACCGGGCGGAAGAUCCCUUCCUACAUCACUGACCUGCCCUCUGAAGUUCUCUCCACGCCCUUUGGACAAGCGCUUCGACCCUUCCUGGACUCCAUCCAGAUCCAGCCUCCUGGAGGGAACUCUGUGGGCAGACCCAGUGGCCAGAGCUAACAGGACUGCACGGGACUGCCUGCCCUCCAGGAAUUUUCCUUUUUAAACAAAACAAACCCUACCAGAUUUCUAUUUUAUAAUUUUACAUCAGAGCUAAUGGGGACAGCUUUUUAAAUUUCCCAGGGAAGGAGCUUGUCGGGCUGCACGUAGGACAGUGCUCCCGAGAAACAGAACAAAUGCCAUCCCCUCUAAUAGUAUUAUACUAAUUUAUUAAGGCUGUCUUGUCUGUGAGUUCACUUCUGACGCUGUUGCCCGAGCGUCCUCUGCACUGGAGAAAGGGGGCGCUUGUUUAAACAGAAAGAAAGAGUCACAAUCUGAGAGAAUCCCGUCCUGGACCCUCUUUCCAGAGGAUACCCACAUUCCACCCAGGGGGCCACACCGCUGGGCCCUGGCUGAGGUUGUUUUGUUUUGUUUUGUUUCGUUUGUUUUUCGAGACAGGGUUUCUCUGUGUAGCCCUGGCUGUCCUGGAACUCACUCUGUAGACCAGGCUGGCCUUGAACUCACAGAGAUCCGCCUGGCUCUGCCUCCCGAGUGCUGGGAUUAAAGGCGAGCACCACUGAGUUUUAUACUGUCCAUUCCCUGGAGCAGUCACCCUCUAGCAGCAAGUGAACCAAAGGAGUUGGUGGACAUGGGGCCGGCUGUAGGCUGACUGCCUCAACCUAAGUGAACUCUUGAGCCGCAAGUUUACCCCCUCACCCCGAACAAGGCCACAGGCUGGGGCUGGAGCAGCCAGAGCCUCAGGAUCAAAGGACAGGGAAGACAGGAUAAAGCCAUUCCUCUUCCCCCUAGACUCAAUGCCAGUCCUCUCUGCCUGCCCCCAAGCUGCUCUUCCUCAGCAAUAACUUGACCUGUUACCAUUCAUGGAGGUCUAGGCUGCAGUGGCAGGGACCUGGGCCUUUUCUGCAAAUAAUGACAUCAGUUUGUUUAUAGUCAGUAGAGCCACCCACCCACCCACCCAAACCGGUGUGCAUUGGUCAGCUAAGUGCUGAGGGAACCACAGUGUAGAGAGGAUACCAUAAUGAUGUAGAUUCAAGGUGGCAAGACAAUGUAAGAGUUGUCUACAGCAGGGACUUUCACAUUACCCUAAAGUGUCUUCAACAGACAUUAUCUCCAUCGUCGUCGUUCUGACCUUAAGAGGUGUGGCUGGGGUGAGUGGGCAUUUUCCUAGUGAUGUGCCACUACGAUCCAUCGCAGGAAUCAUCCAGAAGUCUAUGAUCUAGACUCUGGAUUCUAGAAGGAACUUAAGGUUCCCUUUCUUGGUGUCAGCCUCCUACUAGCUAAUUUGGGGACUGGAUAUGGAGAAGGGGACUCAGAGCAGGCACCUGAGACUCAGCUCCACAUCUGUGGGACCCCCUGCCAUGGCCUCCUACCACUUCUGAAACUUGAGCUCAAUUGCUCCUUCUGGGGCAGCCUUUCCUCCCUGAAAAGCUGCUGCUGGCUGCCCUGCUGUCUUUGCCAGUAGCCAUAUCAGUUGGCAUCAUCGGGAUCUCAGCCUCAGUGCCGGCCUGGUGCCUGACCAGGGCCAAGUCCAGCUGGGAUGUCAGGUGGUGUUUGGAACUUGAAGAUUGGAAUCAAAUGGGUCUCAAGUCUCAACGGUUUGCAAGUGUGCGUGACAAUGACAGAUUAGAGUGGACACCCGCAGGAAUUGUUUGCUGUUGGUCUGUUGACAGAAUGGGCCCCAGAAGGAUGAAUGUUCAAAGCUUGGCUUCUGGGUAGGUAGAGGUUGCUAAAAGCCGUCUUCGUCACCUUUAAUUUGCCGGGCCCCAGCUGCUAGCAUCUCUACCUAGAGCCCGCGCCUCUCUCCUGACAGGUGCUGGACUGAUUUUCCCAUGUGACCAGAUUCGUCUGGGUUCCCUCCUCGCAGCAGUGACUCAAAUACCAUGAUAUUCUGAGAAUUUCUGUCAUUUGAUGGCUUGAACAGCCUCCUGUCAUGUCCAGCAGCCGUCCAUGCCAGUGCCUGUGCCCAUGGCUCACAGGGAGAUGGGAGGACUGGACAGUUUCUCAGACCUCUGCAGGAAGGCAAGCUCUUCCUCCCUUUGCAAAUCCUGUUACCACCAGAAUCCCAGGCCAGGAACCCCACAUCCCACUUCACAUAUCUCUGUCCCAGUAUCUCAGGAGCAUGCUCUUGAGGGCCAGCUGCUCCACCUGGGCAUGUACAAGUGAGCUGGGCGGGAACUGAGUCGUGUUCGUGCCACAUGACAGACACCCCGUGGAGGUCCAUUGGCCAAGGGACAAGGGAAGUGGAGGCAUGAGACCAUUGUCCUCUCCUAGACAAAGUGAAGCGUGUUCCUUUGAGAUUCCUUGGAGUCAAACUAAUUAUUAUGUCUAAUACAGAGGUGUUUGCUGGUUUUCAUUGGUGUUUUUUCUAAUGCAAUAAACUCAUUUAUGCUGG